UCAUCGACUAGAACGUACGUGGCAUUCCCUUGAUUGCGACGUGCUCUAUGCAUUUAUAUUAAACGAACGUCUGUUUUCAGAUGCUCUGAGGCUCUGUUUGUGAAAUUCCAGCCAGGAGGUAAGAAAAGCUCCAAGGCCUCUUCUUCUGACAUUGGUCAUUGGGUACGACCUGCUAUUUCUAGAGCCUACUCUGCUCUCUCCCUGCCUGUUCCGCCCAAUAUCAUAGCGCACUCUACCCGCAGCGCGGCCACCUCUGCUGCUUGGUCAUCUCAAGCUUCAUUAGAGGAAAUCUGCUGGGUGGCCAUGUGGACUACUAUAUCUCCAUUCAUCCGCCACUAUAGGCUCGACAGAUAUGCCUCAACUGAUGCUUCAUUUGGCUGAUGUGUGUUGCAGCGAGUGGUCUCUACUUAGGCUUCUUAAAUUCUAUUCAAGUCUCUCCUAAUGGGACAGAUUGGGCUUUGGUAUGUCCCAUGCUUGGAUGAUGUCUUCACCUACUAGGAGAAUGGGCGUUGGUUACAUACCUGAUACGCCCUUUCUCAGGACGGUGGAGACAUCAUCCAAUCCCACCCUUUCUUUACGCCCUAAUCCUUGAUUUUUCUUUUCUUACCUUGAGGAGAGAUAAUAUCUAUCAUCUGAGACUGUUUACACAGCAGUCUACAAGUCACACCUUCGUCUAAGCUGGGUAGGAGGAGCCUCGUGGGUGUGUAUUUAAUGCUUGUUGACCCAGUCGAAUUGGAUCCUGAUGGAGUCAUACCCAUGCCUGGAUGAUGUCUCCACUGUCCCGAGAAAGUAAUUUGGUGCUCAGAUUAUUGACUUGAUGAUGCUUGUGAUAGAUAUAACAAAAGGAAUGCAGACUCAGUCAGCAGAGUGCUUGGUGAUUGGACAGAUUGCAUGCCAAAAGAUGAUAGUAGUUUUGAACAAAAUUGACCUUCUUCCCGAGGGUAAGCGGCAAGCUGCCAUUGACAAGAUGGUGAAGAAAAUGCAUAAGACCCUGGAAAACACUAAGUUCCAUGGAUGUCCUAUAGUUUCUGCUGCAGCAAACCUGGUGGUCCAGAAGCCCCAGAAAACUCUGACUCCAAUAGGAGUUUCGGAAUUAAUUGAGGUCCUAAAGUCAGAGGCUUAUAUACCAACAAGAGAUCCUUCAGGAUCAUUCCUUAUGGCUAUUGACCACUGUUUUUCCAUCAAGGGCCAAGGCACUGUGAUGACAGGAACUGUUCUUUCAGGCUCAGUUAAUAUUGGGGACAAUGUGGAAAUUCCUGCCUUGAAGGUGACAAAGAAAGUAAAGUCAAUGCAGAUGUUUCAUACUCCAGUCACCUAUGCCAUGCAAGGGGAUAGGGUUGGAAUUUGUGUAACCCAGUUUGAUCCAAAGCUGUUGGAACGAGGCCUCAUUUGUACACCUGAAUCUCUCCAGACGAUCCAUGCUGCCAUUAUCUCUCUAAAGAAAAUCCCAUAUUUUCGAGGGACUCUUCAAACCAAGGCGAAGUUUCAUAUUACAGUUGGCCAUGAGACUGUUAUGGGAAGAGUGAUGUUCUUCAGCCCAACUCCUGAUGACUUGAGUAAGGAGCCUCUGGAAAAUUAUUUUGACUUUGAAAAGGAAUACCUUUAUGAGGAGGAAUAUCUUUCCAAUGAUUCAAAGUCCUCAGAAGAAAACAAGGAAAAUGGCCAAGUUGAAGGAAAACCACUCCCAAAACAACAGUGGGCCUUACUUGAAUUUGAAAAACCAGUUACCUGUCCUAAAUUUUGUCUUGUAAUUGGAUCAAAAUUGGACACUGAUAUUCAUGCAAAUACUUGCAGACUGGCUUUUCAUGGAAUACUUCUCCAUGGAAUGGAAGAGAAGAAUUAUACAGAGGAAUGUCUGCCAAAACUCAAGGUUUACAAGAUGAAACAUAAAGAAGGACAAGUAGAACGGCUGUGUGAUGAUUAUAGCGUGAUUGGUCGUUCAUUAUUUAAAAAAGAAACAAACAUCCAAAUGUUUGUGGGUUUGAAGGUCAAGCUAUCUACAGGAGAAGAAGGUGUAAUAGAAGGAGGCUUUGGACAAAGUGGAAAAUUUAAAGUCCGCAUUUUGGGUGGGGUGAAGCCAGAAACAAAGGGACUUCUGACUGCCAUUUCUAAGAAGAAGCCCAAGGCAGGGAAGGGAGAUUCAGCAAAAGAGGAUGAAAGUAGCAAGGUGGACUCUGCCCAUCCUGUUUAUAUCACUCUUCUUUUUAAAAGAUAUGUCUUUGAUUCACAGAAGAAAAUGAUUCAGUCUUGAGCCAUGUUUGAAGUCUUAAAGACUGAACAUCACAAUGACUUGAUGGCAGGUUCCAUAAAUGGUGCACAUUGUCUUCUCUCUCUUUCUCUCUCCUUUUUCCUCUCCCUCCCUCCCUCCCUCCCUCCCUCCCUCUCCCUUCCAGUUCCAGCCUCCUGUGAUAUAGGUACAGAUACAUGAUACUUUUUUUGCAGGUAGUAGAAAUGUUUCCAUAUUAAUAUAUACAAUUUAAGCUUUUUCAUAUUUUUGAUAAUCGGAUAUUAUAAUUGAAUCAAUAAACAAAAUUAAUGGAAAACUUGAUGACAAGUGAAAUGCAAAUACAUCUGAAAUUAAAUUAUUUACAUUCUUAUAUGUUCAGGAAUACAAAUACACUACUUAUAGGGCAGGGAUCAAUUUCUGAGUGAGGUUUGUAUUUUGAGUAUCAUUUUAACUGGCUUCUGUUUCAUAACAUCUUCGGGGAUGUACAUAAUUUCAUAGCAUAUCAUUAACUUUGCUGUUUCAUGGUUCAUAAUGGCUUUCGUAUAAUUUUUGCGUGUACACCUAUCUAAAUAUGAAAUGAAUCUUUCCUUUUUUUCUCUCCCCCAUUCCAGAAAAACAAUAAAAUCUCCCUGCUCAUUUCCCUGAAUAAAAUAAAUACUAUUCAACAUCACAAAAAAAUCUUCAUUUUUAUUACCAAAAUAACAAAUUAAACAAGUUUUUAACGUUAUUAGUUUUAUUUUGGUGAAACAUUAGUAAACUGUAUUUAUAAAACUUAUUAAAUCGCAGUUUCAGCUUCCUUUUUCUCUCCCCAUACAAAAUCUCUCAUUCUCUAGCAAAACCAAAAAUUGGAAGGGGAAACCCAAAAUCAACCAUAUUUAGGGAGUGGAGCAAGGUCGGUGUUUCUUUCAAAAAUCAUUUUACUUGAUGAAUGGAGAUUUGUGUCACAGCCCUUAAGCAAAUUUUCUUUCUAACCAUUAUUUGUUGAACAAAUUUUGCAAAUGUGCAUAAUUGUCAAGAAAUAAAUUCCCAAUUUCUUUUUCCUCUGUGCCUGGUGGUGCCAAUAAACAGAUAAAAUUUCCUGGGAGCAAUAAAGACAGUUUCGGAAUGUU